AUGUUUAGCUACGGAGCGCAACACCAUCAACCACACCUCAACGCCCACAACAACCACAGCCACCAUGGUGGCCGGUCGCGGAGGGCGCCCCGGAUCUCGGCGGCGCAGCACAACAAGCAGUUCCGCCAAGUGCGGACCCCAAAAGAGUUUGUUGUAGAGCCCCCGACCCUGCUCGCCUUCCGCCGCGACUUCGAGGCCGCACGGUCGUUCGAUCUCGAGGACGACGAGCUCUUCUGCCCGUUCCACCUGCUCACCGAGGAUGAUCUCCAGUCCAUCCACUCCUCUGGCUCCGACCGCUCGUCGCUGUCGAGCGGCUCGCCCGAACAGUCGCCGCUGCAGCACCAGCUCCAGCCCACCCCGUCCUUUGUCCUAUCUUCUGCGCCUAAUCCCUACACCCCGGCUUCCUUCCAGUCGAGUAAUUCUUCCCAAACCAAGCUCCACCAGCCACUAGCUCAGCGCACCCGCAAUGCCAUCCCCAUCGUCGACCCCUCCACGCGUGCUGUUGCUAGCCCACCGCCGUCUGUCUCGCCAAACCGACAGAUGCAGCAGCAGUUCCGCCGCUGGUAG